UCCCCCAGCGCGGCGGCGAUGGCGGCGCGGGGCCGAUGCCCCGAGUGCGGCUCGGAGUCGCUGGUGGAGGACGCGCACUACGCGCAGCAGCAGCUGGUCUGUGCCGCCUGCGGCUGCGUCCUGUCCGAGGGGCUCCUCACCACCACCUACACCGACGAGGAGCAUCUGCGGGGUGCGAGGUUGCCUAUUCCCAGAGCACUGGCCAGAAGGAGCAGCUGAGCCGCUGCCUGCAGCGAGGGAUCCGGCGGGUCCAGGACCUCUGCAAGGUGCUGCAGCUGCCAGCAGCGUUCGAGGAAACGGCUGUGUCCUACUUCCAGAGGGCUCUGCAGCUGCCUGCCUUCCACCUGGUCAGCCUGGAGAAGAAGGAGCUGCUGGGGGGUUGCUGUGUGCUGGUGACGUGCCGGCAGCACCGCUGGCCGCUGACCAUGGGCACCGUGUGCUCCCUGCUCUACGCCAAGCAGGAGCUCUUUGCCAGCGUCUUCCUGAGCCUGCAGAGGGAGCUGGGGCUCUCCGUGCCCGCCCUGAGCCUGGCAGACCUGGUGACAACGCACCUGAGCAGCUUCCGGCUGGUCCAGCCCACUGCCAGCGUCCCUGCGCCCUUCCUGGAGGACAAGGAGAAGCUGCUGGCCCGGACCAUGGCCAUUGUGGAGCUGGCCAGUGACACGUGGCUGGUGACCGGGCGGCACCCCGUGCCCGUGGUCACGGCCGCGGCGUUCCUGGCCUGGCAGUCGCUGCGGCCCGGCCCGCGCCUCUCGUGCCCCUUGGCGCGGUUCUGCCGCCUGGCAGGGGUGGAGCUGCCUCCCCCGGCCCUGCUGAGGCUGAGGGAGCUGCUGGAGAUCCUGCUGGCAAUGGCCUCCAAGCUCUCCUGGCUGCGCGGCCUCCGCCUGGACAAGAAGACGGUGGUGAAGCACAUCGGGGACCUGCUGCAGCACCGGCUGUUCCUGCUGAAACGCGCCUUCAGCCAGCAGGACGGGCAGGAGCAGCAGGACACGGGCCUGGGCAUGGGCUCUGUGAGCCAGGGCUGCCAGGGCUCUGUGAGCCAGGGCUCCCUGGAUAAGGACUCCGUGAAUAAGGACUCCCCAGGCCAGGGCUCUGUGAGCCAGGGCUCCCUGGAUAAGGACUCCGUGAAUAAGGACUCCCCAAGCCAGGAUUCUGUGAGCCAGGGCUCCCUGGAUAAGGACUCUAUGAAUAAGGACUCCCCAGGCCAGGGCUCUGUGAGCCAGGACUGCCUGGGCCAGGAUUCUACAAGCCAGGGCUCCCUGAAUAAUGGCUCCCUGGGUAAGGGCUCCCCAGGCCAGGGCUCUGUGAGCCAGGGCUCCCUGGAUAAGGACUCCCCAGGCCAGGAUUCCACAAGCCAGGGCUCUGUGAGCCAGGUCUGCCUAGGCCAGGGCUCUGUGAGCCAGGGCUCUGUCGGCCCAGGCUCCCUGAAUAAGGAGUCUGUGAAUAAGGACUGCCCAGGCCAGGACUCCCCAGACCAGGGCUCUGUGGGCCCAGGCUCCCUGGAUAAGGACUCUGUGAAUAAGGACUCCCCAAGCCAGGGCUCUGUGGGCCCAGGCUCCCUGGAUAAGGACUCCCCAGGCCAGGGCUCCCUGGAUAAGGACUCUGUGAAUAAGGACUCCUCAAGUCAGGGCUCCCUGGAUAAGGACCCCCCAGGCCAGGGCUCUGUGAGCCAGGGCUGCCCAGGCCAGGAUUCUGUGAGCCUGGGCUCCCUGAAUAAGGGCUCCCUAGAUAAGGGCUCCCCAGACCAGGGCUCUGUGGGCCCAGGCUCCCUGGAUAAGGUCUCCCCAGGCCAGGAUUCCACAAGCCAGGGCUCUGUGAGUCAGGUCUGCCUAGGCCAGGGCUCUGUGGGCCCAGGCUCCCUGGAUAAGGAGUCUCUGAAUAAGGACUCCCCAGGCCAGGACUGCCCAGGCCAGGGCUCUGUGGGCCCAGGCUCCCUGGAUAAGGGCUCCCCAGGCCAGGGCUCUGUGGGCCCAGGCUCCCUGGAUAAGGACUCCCCAGGCCAGGACUGCCCAGGCCAGGCCCCCCCCAGCUCUCCUGCAGUGCCACAGCAGCAGGGCUGUCCCUCGGCAGGGCAGCAGCAGCAGAGGGGCACCCUGAGGCCCCUGCUCCCCCCCUGCCUCAUCCACCCCAGGAAGAGGCUGCGGGCGGCGGCUCCGAGCGCCCCGGGCGCGGCUGUGACGGGUGACGAGCCCAUCUCGGACAGCGAGAUCGAGCAGUACCUGCGGAGCCCCGAGGAGAUCCGUGCCUUCAGGAAGGCCAAGGCCUGGUCCUGAAGGUGGCCGUGGCCCAGAGGGACAAUUUGGGGACCAGAAGUGUGAAGCCCACUAGGGACAGAGUGAUUGUGCUGCAGGGACGGUCGCCCUGAGGGAAUGAGGCUGUGGGGAGGGAGCAGGCUGAGUCCUCCUUAAUGUGCUGGACCAAAAUGGGGCUUUCUGUGGAGUGACUGCUUCAGGUCGUGUUACAUUUCUGCUAUAAGUAAAUAAAAGUGCAGGUGCCAGGUUUUCCAGGGCAGCCUCA